CGCUCCUCAGUGUGCAGCAAGCUUCGCAAGCAAUUGUCGACAAUCUUGGUCACUGGCCAGCUUUCACUUGUUUUGGAGUGUACUUCCUUCCGGUCUCUUGUGCCCCCCCCCGCCAAGCCUGAUGGUUGAUGUUGAGGCCCCCAUUGGUCUGAUCCAGGCCGACCUGCCCGAGGAUUAUCUGGGGUUUGAAGACAAACCCGAAAAUGAUGAGGAAACCCCUACUUUGGCGGCCAUCCCGCUCAAGGGCAACCGCCAUGAUCACCUCCGCUCCACCCUGAAGCACGUCAUCAAGGCCGGUGUCAUGAAGGAGGAGCACGCCUUCUUCCUCGUUGACCUCGGCUCGGUUUAUCGCCAACACCACCUCUUCAAGCAGGAGCUGCCUGACGUGACCCCUUUUUACGCCGUCAAGUGCAACCCGGAUCCCAUGAUCCUUCGCUGCCUCGCCUCCCUCGGUGCCAACUUUGACUGCGCCAGCCGUGCUGAGAUUGAAGCCGUCCUCGGCAUUGGUGUCACCCCCGAACGCAUCAUCUAUGCCAACCCUUGCAAGCCCGCCUCACACAUUCGCUACGCCAAGGAGGUUGGCGUCACCCUCAUGACCUUUGACUCUGCUGAGGAGCUCCGCAAGAUCGCUGGCAUCUACCCCGAGGCCUCGGUCGUCCUUCGCAUCCUCGCCGAUGACAGCAAGUCGGCCUGCCGUCUCGGCCUCAAGUUUGGCGCCGUCGUCGGCAAGCAGACCACCUCGUUGAUCGAGGCAUGCAAGGCCACUGGUCUCAACCUUGCUGGCGUUAGCUUCCACGUUGGCAGUGGCUGCACCGAUGCCGCUGUCUACGAUGAUGCCAUUGCCAAGGCCCGCCAGGUCUUCCGCGACGCCGAAGCUUAUGGCUUUGCCCCUACCGUUCUCGACGUCGGAGGCGGCUUCCCUGGCGAGGCCGUUGCUGGUCGCACCCCCAAGGUGCGCUUCGAGUCGAUCGCCAACUCCAUCCGCGAUGCUGUCGCCAACCACUUUAGCGACGUGUCAGGCCUGCGCCUCAUUGCCGAGCCUGGACGUUACUACGCCGCCAACGCCAUGACCCUGGCCCUCAGCGUCAUUGCCAAGCGCGUCGUGGCUCCCGAGACCAGCGGUGACAUCUCGCCCUCCGAGACUACCUUCCAGGGUAUGCUUGAUGCCGAUGAGCUUGAGACCAUCCCGGCCGGUGCCAUGGUCAACUACUUUGUCAAUGAUGGCGUGUAUGGCUCCUUCAACUGCAUCAUCUUUGACCACGCUGACGUCGAGCUCCAGCCCCUCAACUACAAGAAGGCCACGGGCAAGAAGUACAAUAGCACCGUCUGGGGCCCCACUUGCGAUAGCAUUGACUGCGUUGCCAAGUCGUGCCAACUCCCUGACCUGGACGUCGGCGAGUGGCUCUACGUGGCGGGCAUGGGCGCCUACACGGGCGCGGCGGCUUCUACUUUCAACGGCUUUGCCAAGGCUGAUUUCAUCUACGCCUUCUCUGCCUACGUCCCCGAUCAGAGUGGCGACUCGGCUGAGUUCCAGCCCCCGGCCCUUCCCGAUGACUUCCCUCUCGAGGUUCUCAACCUGCCUUGGCAGUACGAGGCUGAUUCUAACUAGGCUAGAAAUGGAGUUGCAACCGGCAGCCCGGCUCACACUUGUUCCCUCUUCCCAACGGACGUUGUGAGUUUUGUCGGAGCAGCGUACUUGUCAUUAGGCUCAAGCCGCUCCUCCUAUCCCGUUGUUUUGUCGUUGUGUGGUUUGUCUCUUUUUUUUUAGUCACAUACUAAAUGUUGUCGCCGUCGUUUGUCGUCGUUCUUGAUGCUGUUGUUGUUUCUGGUUAAACACACCACACAAACGUACGCAUUCGCUGCACACAUACGCGCGCACGCCUAGACGGAUGCGCGCGUCUGAAACCCCCCUUGCUCACUUCGCGUUGGCUGUGUGCCGCUGAUGAAGACAUGACAUCUCUUACGUUGUCCGUUCUUCUCCCACACUUGUUGAAACCCUAAACCUCGAUCGCUGGCCCCGGCCACCAAAAUAAUUAAACCACUACAAACUGU